AUGGACGCCAUCCGGAAGCAGCUCGACCAGCUCAUGGGCGCCAACCGCAACGGCGACGUGCGGGAGGUCAGCCGCAAGUACUAUGAUCGCGACGUCUGUCGCCUCUACCUCGCAGGCCUCUGCCCCCACGACCUCUUCCAGCUUACCAAGAUGGACAUGGGGCCGUGCCCGAAGCUGCACUCGCUGCAACUGCGCAAAGAAUAUGAAGAAGCCAAAGCCAAAGCCAAAGGUACUGAUAACUAUGACCGCGAAUUGGAAGAAACCAUUGAAAGACUAAUUGUUGAGUGUGAAAGGAAGAUUCAGAGAGCCCUUAAGCGUUUGGAGGAGGACGACUCUAAGGCAGCUAUUGCUAUUUCUGUCACUGAGGUUACACAGACCAAAGAAGUAAUGGAGUUAUCCAAACAAAUUAGGCAGAAGAUGAAGGAUAUUGAUGCUUUUGAUCUUGAGGGUAACACCGAGGGAAAAAUUCGGGCCACUGAAGAACUUGACAAGCUAAAAGAACAAAGGGCAGAAGAGCAGGCAAAGAUGUUACUUGAAGCUUUUAACAAAGACCGUGCUUCUUUAAUAAAUUCUCUUCAAAAUGCCACUCAAACAACUACACAUGUUCCCCCUGCUGCUCCGGAUGCACGGACACAAGAAAUGAUAAAUGAGAAACUGAAAAAGGCAGAAGAACUAGGUGAGAAUGGGAUGGUUGAUGAAGCUCAAAAAAUGUUGGAUGAGGCAGAAGCUCUCAAGAAGCUGAGCGCCCGACCACAGGCUGUUCCAGACUCAACAAAAAUGUCAGCUCAUGUCCAGAUUACUGAUCAAAAGCUGCGCCUGUGCGACAUAUGUGGAGCAUUCUUGAGCGUAUAUGACAGUGACCGUCGCCUGGCAGAUCAUUUUGGGGGGAAACUUCAUAUGGGUUAUAUGCUUAUACGCGAGAGAUUGUCUGAACUGCAGGAAGAAAAGAACAAAAAGCGGAAGUUAGACCGAGCUGAGUAUGACAGAAGGUCCAGGGAAAGGAGUGGGGAACGUGCCAGGGCUUUGAGCAGGGAUCACUACAGAGGAGACUGCAGCAGCAGCCGUGACAGGGAUUAUGACCGCAGAAGAAGCCAUGAUCGCUACCAUGAUAGGGAAAGAGAACGAGAUUCCGGGCGGUCUCGUAGUUAUGAUUCCAGAAGCCACCGCAGGUCACGUUCACCAAGGGGAAGUUCUAGGGAUUAUGAUCGAUCUGGGCAUUAUGAACGACGAGAUCGGUACUAG